CCGUUGAGAGGACCAGGGCUCGCGCAUGCGCAUACUUGUCUGCUCGGUCGCAGUUUAGCCGCAGGUCGCUAUCAGAGGGAAGCGUCGCCUCUUCGACCCAAAAAGCUCCGGAGCGCUGCGGGAAAGUAAUGAGGUAGAAAGCCGGACAGAUAACUACACUAACCUCGUGUGGAAAACACCGACAGCCCCGCCGCGAACAUGGACCAGGAGUUUGAGGACAUAGACUCCGAGGGCCGGUGGCAGAUACUCUACUUAGAUAUCAGGAAUCAGUCCCACGAGUGCUCCUACAAGGUGGCCAGAUAUCCAGAGAAUCGCAACCGGAACAGAUACAGAGAUGUCAGUCCAUUCGAUCACAGUCGAGUGAAGCUGGAGAACACAGACAACGACUACAUCAACGCAAGUCUGGUGGUGAUGGAGGAGGCCCAGAGAAGUUACAUAUUGACUCAGGGCCCUCUCAGAAGCACUUGUGGCCAUUUUUGGCUCAUGAUCUGGGAGCAGAAGUCGAAGGCGAUCAUCAUGCUCAACAGGGUCAUAGAGAAAGGCUCAGAGAAGUGUGCUCAGUACUGGCCCACAUCUGAGGAGAGGGAGAUGGCCUUCAGAGACACACGCUUCAUGGUCACACUGUUGUCAGAGGAUACCAAGUCUUACUACACCACCAGAGUGUUGGAGCUGCAGAAUAUUCAUACAGGGGAGAAGAGAGAGAUCUACCACUUUCAUUACACCACAUGGCCCGAUUUCGGUGUCCCAGAAUCCCCGGCGUCCUUCCUAAACUUCCUUUUCAAGGUUCGGGAGUCAAGAGCGCUGGGUGUCGACCACGGACCAGCUGUGGUGCACUGCAGCGCUGGAAUCGGACGCUCAGGGACUUUUUCAUUAGUCGACACAUGUCUCGUCCUGAUGGACAAGAGGAAAGACUCGUCAUCAGUGGACAUCAGAAGCAUUCUGUUGGACAUGAGGAAGUACCGCAUGGGCCUGAUCCAGACCCCUGACCAGCUACGCUUCUCCUACAUGGCCGUGCUUGAGGGAGCCAAGUACAUUAUGGGAGACUCCUCCGUACAGAACCGAUGGCGUGAGUUGUCCAGAGAAGACCAGGAGCCGUCAUCAGAGUCUCGGCUCUCCGCUCAGCCUCAGACAAAAUGUCCGACAGAGCGAUUCAAUGGCAGCCAACGAGGGGGUCAGCUGGAGGAAGGAGGAGACUACAGGCAGGACGCCAAAGUACCUGCACAGUCUCCCUGCAAGGAACAGGAGCUGGAAAGCAGCACAACGCACAAGCGACGCAGAGAAGACAGUAUCUCUAAAUCAGGGACGGCCAAGACACCCCAAAGCAAGCCCAGGACAAAUGAGUCAGAAAAGAAGAGAAAAAGGGCGAAAACCAGCGACUGCUAACCACCUCCACCUGUGGCCACGCGACUACAGCUCUGGCAGCAAAGCCAACAUCGGCAGGGAACUCCAGCUCCCUCCUCUGAAGGAGCUCUGUCCUCCUCUUCCUCGACUCCAAACCACUCUCCUCAUCUCCACCUCAACAGCCAGCUCUCCUCUCUCUUUAUUUUCCAUCGCUUCCCUUUGUGUCUCAUCAAACAGCAUUAUUCAGCCUCCCUUUUCAUUGCAACAUGUCACUCCCACAUCCUCCUCACAGCUUUCCCAUAACUCCUCUUCCUCUCUGAACUGUUUACAGCUGACACUUUAACAUUCUUUGAAGAGCAGACAUUUGAAAAAGACAAACACACCAGCCCCCACGCAGCCCACACCUCAACCGCUACCCUCGCUGCUCCUGGAGUCAGGAAAUUAUUCUUUUGGCUUUAAUAUUUUUAUUUACAGCUUUGUCUCUCGCCAUCUUAAGCUUCUUUGCAAUGACAACAUUAGAACAGAUAAUAGCAGUGGCUAUGCAUUGCCAAUUUGUAACGGUGUUCAUAUGUGUAUUUUUAGAAAACCCUUUUUCAGAGACAAAAAUGAUAAAUGUUCUAUUUUUUAUAAGAGAUUACUUGAAGCUUUUCACAGUGGGGGGGGGGGGUCGGUUAAACGAAAAGCUCCUCCCACAUGAGAAAUUCAGUGGCGUGUAAUGUUUUCAUGAUGUACAUAGUGUUCUUUUUAAAAGAUGUGUGUAAAAUGACUUAUUUUGUUGCUUGUAAAAAACAAAAACAACAAAAGGCACACGAUGUUACAGAUUUGAAUACAGUAGAAAGAUGACUCGUUCUCCUUUUUAAAUGAAUUUGUCUUAAGCUUUUCUCUCUCUUAGAGUAAUCCAAAAAAUAAAACUGGUAUCAUCUAGUUUAUAUAACAAACUGUGUUUCACUGUUUCUUUAACACAAAUCCUCAUCAUAUGUUGUCUUGAGCAGCACCUCAGACCUUGAUCCCUAAAGAAGGAUUUAAAUUAAAGCAGCAAUCAGAGAUUUAGGGCAAUAGACUCUUUAUAUAGUUUUCUGACCAGAUUGAUUGAAGGACUUUUUGGCUAGUCUUCAUUUUCUGACCUGCCUUCAAAGGGCGUUUGAAAGACUUGGUUCUCAAGGUUCAGGUUGGUCUGUCAUUUAGUUUUGAGAGUUAAGGUGAUUAAGUUGGUUUCUGCUCUCUGCUAAAUCCAGCACACAACAAGCUGUAAGAUUGCAAUUUCAGAUUACACUUCAGUUUUUGUACAGCAUUUACUAAAACGCUGUAUGUGAAAGCCAGUAAGGUAAUUUGCCAAAACAUAAAACUAAAGCUCUAUCAGGGAUUUCUUCUAGAUAUUGUGAGAAUUUUGCUUAACUUUUUAAAAGUAAAUCAUUAUUAAUAGCUUAAUCAACACAAGUAUUCUGUUGAGUACAUUUAGGAUGAGGCGUUGGAUUUCCCCUUUUCAGAGCCAAACUUUCAUUUUAUGGUUCCUCAGUCGAGCUGGCAGGACAUUCCUCUCACACGACCAACACGGAAAACCACUCACUUGGCAAAACAGCGGCACAAGGUCAAAGUAUGAAUCACACUUCUGUCUUUCUGUCACCGCGAGGUAAGACGUCAAACAUGUCGUAGAGAGGAAUCAAAUAACAGAGAGGCGGGGCUGCUCGGAAUAAAAUGUGGCAUCUGGCCAACCACUUUCAGUUAAGUAGGUGGAGGCAAGGUCCAGUGACCGUAACACAAACAAAGUCUUUAUCUUUGUGAAGCAUUCAGACUGGAUUUAUGUUAAAAAAAAUUUAUUGGAGAAAAAAAACUUUCAAAUACUGCAAAACUACAAUAUUUCACAAGUGCACAUCUGAGUCAUACCCUGUACAUAAUGUAAUAUUUGUAUAUCUAAGGAAUAUUAUUCAAAUAAAGGAAACUGAUAAGUGUGAAAUUUAA